AUGGAUCUAACGGUAUUUUAUGUCUCUCCUUGGAUGAUGUUAGGACUCAUUUUGGGCACCGUGUACUUCGUGCUGGUGUUAUUGGGCUACGAAAAUCGUAAUGAGAAUAAAACGAGGAAAAAAUCAGAGGACGUUUUAACGUCAUCGACAAGAACCCCCAGAGAUGUCACUGGGCAGAAAAAAGUGCAAACCGCAGAAGAGAAACCUGGUUUUGUCGUGCAGCGAAAAGAAUCAGAUGAGCACAAAUCAGGCGCAAGAAAGCAAAUUGACGAAACCUCCUGUUCUUAUCAAAGAUCCUCUCCUUAUCAAACCACAACCGCAUUCGAGGCAAGAAAGUCGAAAGUCGCACCUGUUGACAAUGAGAAAGGAAAAGAAUUACAAGUUGAAAAUAGUCUUGAGGCUUCGAAGAUUGAAGACAUUUUGCAAAGUCAAGAUGCUCUGUACUUGCAAGAGUUCAAUGUUCCUGAAGGAUUCAUCACCCAGAGACUGCGUAUCCGAGCGAGUUCCCAUGGUAGCGAUCAUUCCAGGGAAGAUUCUGAAGAAACUAUGGAAAAAACUGACGGUUUGGAGUCAUCGACAGAUAAAGAAACCGAAUUAUGUGAGAUUGUAUCGGAGACAGUUUCUAAUUCGGUUAGUUCAGCCCAUGUAGGACAAAUUUUUAAUGAUACUGUUGUACCUGACAUUAAUGGGCAACCAACCGAAUCGAACAAUGCCAUGGAAUCCACAGCUAUAAAGGAAUCAGGUAUAUUUGGGGACUUUGCAGAUCUCAUGGUCACCAAGGCUAAGGAGAGUGCAUUUCAUAAAAUUGAUCUUGAAUCAAAAGCAAACAUUUAUGCAGAUGAAAUUUCCUCUCGGAUUGUCUCUGAUGCUAUUGGGCAAUUUGCUAACAGUUCUCUUUCUGGUCCUGAAGACUUUGAUACCUCAGAGGUUCAGGAAUUGCAUAGUUUUGCUGAAAAUGUUGUUAAAUCAUUAAUGGACGGUGCUUCUGAUAAUGUAUCUUUAUUCAAAGAUGUUGUGGCAUUUGCCCAAGACGUGAGUGAACAAGUUAUUCUCGAAGGAAUAGAACAAUAUACCACAACAGAAAAGUUAGAGCAAGGGAGAAGGCAGAAGAUAUCUCUCAGUGAAAUGAAAUUAUUCAGUGAAGGCAUUGUAAGUGAAGUUGUGUCAGAAGGAAUUGAAGAAGCCAUCAGAGAAGGCGAAAAUGUUAAAGAAAAUAAUUUUGCCAGUAACAGCAUAGUUGAACCAGGGCAUGCUGACUUAGCGGAUCAAACAGUGACUGUUUCAAGCGCAAUACAGCCUCAAAUCUGUGGCAUUGUUGAAAAUUUGGUAAAUGGUGCAAUAUACGAAGCUUUAUUACGAGCAAAAGCACAAUGCAGUGAGAAAUCAUUAGAGGAUUCUAAACUUGAGGGGUGUGCGCAGGAAAUUCUGGAAUCUCAGGUCAAUGAUACAGUGCAAGAAUUAAUCGUUUCUGCAUUGCACCAGGCUGUUGACUUAAAAGAACUGGAAAGUCAAGAAGGAGAUGAACCUAAUCGGGAAGACACAAGUGAGCUCAAAUCACAAAUGGAAACAUUUGUAGAUGACACUUUGAAUGCAGCAGUCACUGAGGCUGCCGGGAAAGUUCAAAUUGAACAGUAUGUUUCUGAUCAGGAGGGAAAAGUGUUAAAUGGUCAUAUAGAUCUUACUCUUGAAAAAGAUGUACACCAGCAAUCUGAUAAUGUUCGUCAAAUUUCUGUCAAAUUAGCUGAUGAUGAUGAAAAAACCAAUGAAACAGAGCAUCAAGGAGUUGAUUUAGUGCCAUCAAGCGAAUGUAUGAAUGGGAAAGAGUUGAAUUCAAGAGAAACAGAAACCAACGAACAAAAUGAUUAUUGGAGGAGAAGUUUGAUAAUGGAUUUGGAAGAUAAUGAAGAAUUUGACGAGAGCUUUGAAAGUGAAAAAUCUCGACCAAUCACAGAGAAGGAAACAGUUUCUGACGAAGAUGCAAGUGAAGAAUUUAUUGACUCCUCAGAAGAUGAAGUGAUCGAUCAUGCAGAGGAUGCGAAGUUGGGUGCUGUUGGUGGGUCAAGUACUGCAAAGUAUAAAGGCGGCGACAGUGAUGUUGAUGACAUCUUUGAAGAUGAGUUAGAUGAUGAUGAUGAUGAUGAUGACAAUGAGGAAGAUCUGCUCUUUGCUGGACAGACAAUGGUGGAUGGGCUAUGUGUGAGCAAACCUAAAGAAAAGAGGAGAAGUAGGAAGAAAUCAAAAUCCCUCCCUAGAGCAAGAAUACAGUCAGGUUGGUACUUGGGGGGAGGGGGAGGGGAAGGAAGGAAACCUUUCUUCCCCACACCCUCCCUGCUCUUUCAAUAUAUAUUCAAACCCAGUUAUUACACAAGAGGCCAUUCAAUUGCUCAAGGCCACCUGUAGACGAUUUAUCUGAGCACAUGGCAGAUAAACAACUGUCACGGAAGAAUUAAUAUAAAAGUCACUGCAAAUAACAGUCCUAUUCAAGACUACGUUCACCUAGACGAUCAUACUCAGUUUACUUAGUAACAUAAUGUUAUGUGAAUAAUUCCUUUUGUGGUUGAGGGUGAUUUGUCUGAUAAUGAGAGGGUCAUUUAUUUGUUCAAAAGGCUUAUUCAAAAAGUUCUUUGAAUGAGUGAAUGAAUUGUGUGCAAUUGUAUGUGACCAUAUAAUUAUGUACUACAGUAAAAACCCACAUAUAAGAACCUAGUGAUUUAAGAACCUACAGGCUGGAAUUUGGCAUUUAAAUACCCAAAAAUAAAAGAACCUUUUCAGCCUGGCAAAGAAAAAUAGAUUUUUAUACAAAAAUAAUCACUUCAAUUUUGAUGGUCAAAAUUCUUGAUUUUAAUUUUGUGGGAAACUUUUGACAAAAGGUUAUUGUGUAUAUGUUUUUUUUUUAUUUACAUUUGUUUGGAUUUUCACUAGAAGUAUGUUUUCCAUAAAGCUACCAUACAAUAUAGACUAUUCAAUAUCUUAAUAUCUUAUUUUAAAAAAUAUAGAAACAUAUUGAUGUUCUUCUUGGACCUUGAUUGUUUGCCAUUAUGUAUUAGUAGUACAAUAUUUCUGCCAAUGGUUACGCUAUGACAACCUCUGAAAAAUAAGAACCUUUUAAGAACCUAAUCAGCCUGAAAUUGUGAAAAACUACCCUAAAAUAUAAGAACCUGUUCAGCCUGAGGUCAAAAAUUCUAGGUUCUUAUAUGUGGGUUUUUACUGUACUGUCUUGGCAACAAGAUUGCAUUGAAACUAUGAUAGUUUUUCUCAGCCAGGCAUAAUGCCAUUAUAGAAGCCAGCUGUUUGCAUCCUCAUUUUUAAAUUAUCUGAUUGUGUGGGGAAGAGUUCUAUGGUAUCCUUGAAAACCACCAAAUAAUUAGGUGCACAAAAAGUAUGUGCAUGUAACUGUUUAGCACUUUACAGUAAAUAUUUCAAAGGUGAAAAUCAUCUACUGCACUCAAAAAUUAGAAUAAAGAUGUUUUUUGAGACUUCUAGCUGAUGAUUUGGUGGUAGCUGUAUAAAAUGGUUGCUAUUUUUUGGAGGGACGUGUAUAAUUUUUUAGCAGGUGCCGAACAAAGAGUGUCAAACACUCAGUUUGGACAAUCACCAGCUCUUGCUAGUAAUUUUCCCAUUUUCUUGUUUCUUGGGCUACUGAUGAAAAGUGGACCUUAAGUGCAGAUCAGUUUCAAACAAAACACUAAUAAUGUCCUGUAAGUAUAGAAGAAGAGAAUAAAUCCAUUGAAUGUCGAUCAGACUUCAGAAGAUAUCCAUUCGUUUAAUGCCACAGUUCUGUUUCAUAUGGUCAAAAGAUGACCACACUCAUCAGGUAAUUUUAACGAAUGACCCAUACAUUUCAACACUAGCGGCUGCAUUUCAAUAUGGAGCUGAUAUUGUAAUCAUUGUAAAACUAAGAAGCACUUUGAGAAUGAUGGCACUAUAAAAUGUUUUUGAUCAUUAUGUUCAUCUCAGUCAAAUUGAAUGUUGUCAAUUUUUUUUUUUUUCCAGCUGGUUCACACUACAACCAGGCUGUUGUGCUUGACAACGGAUCUGCAAUCAUUAAACUAGGCAUAGCUGGGGACAGGAAGCCCAGAGUCGUACAACCAGCUUUGUACGGAAUCCCCAAGCGAUACUCAUUACAAAUGGCUGGUAUGGACAAUAGGAAGGAUCGGACAUAUGGAGAUGGUGCAGCAAUGAGGGCAGGAGUUAUGCAGCUAGGUAAUUCUUUACACCCCAAUAUCAACGUAGAAAUUCUCCAGACUGAUUCUCAUGUAUUUCUUUAAAGAAUUGUUUGAGAGGAUUUGAAAGGAGAUCAAGAAAGUAGAUUUUUUACUUUGGUGAUCAUUUUAUUAACUUUCAUAACCUUUUUGUUUGAUGAUGUAAUUUUACAGAAAACUAUUCUGAUCUGCUUCCCAAGAGCUUUUACAUAUGGAAGAUCUAACCCUUAAUAUUAGCAAUCAUAAUUAUUCUCCACACUGAUCUACAUACAUUUCCUGUGGCUAUGAUGAGGAGAAUUGGUUUUACAAUCAGGAGCUUUUCUAUCUUGUUAAUCACCUCCUAGCAAGCAUUUCCAUUUGUUUUUGGAGCAAAGAAAGACUGAGGAACGGGAUUUUCGGUUUUUUCCAAGCAAGAAAUGGAACGAGAUCCAAAAAAUGAAAGAGGGGCGAGGGGAAGUAAACCUUUCUCCCCCCCCCGCCUCCCUGCCCACUCUUUUACUCACACCAUUUUCCACGCGGUCUUUGACUCUCAUUCCUCGUUCUUCACUCUGAAGCCACUCAGAAACACUUGCUAUGCGGGCUAGGUGAAACUGGAUGUUAGUUACUAAUGGGAGUUAAAGAGUUAGCGGUUGUAGAAUCACAGCUGUCAUUAAGGGCUAGGAGCAAGGACUUCCCCCAGCUUCUACCAAUGUGAAUACUGGCUACUUUCAUCGAUGAACAGAAGAAAAUUAGAACCAAAAGAAAUCCCUAGCUCUUUGAUUUCCCAUGUACAGGUUGUAUUUAUAGUGAUGACUUGGAAUAUUAGUGACAACCCUGAACAAUGAAGAGGGCAAAAGGUAUAUUUUAAAAGUUGGUCUAACUUUUGAGUCUGUUAAAGAAGACCAUGAAACAAGAAAUAAUUUGAAAUUUUGAUGUUUAUAGAGUACCCAAUGAGCGGUGUCUUCCUUGACAACUGGGCUGAUGUGGAAGACAUCUGGGAAUACAUGCUUUACAGUGAAUUAGGAAUUGAGGAAGGAAAUCAUCCUGUACUGGUCACAGAAGUUGCCAACACAUCCAGAAGGGAUAGAGAGAAAAUGGCUGAGGUUUGUUGCAUUGCACCUUUAUGCGGUGGGGAGGUUUGUGGGCCUUGGUGAUCCUGAAGGCUAUACCAGUUGGGGCCUCAGUUGACUUACACUUGAGGGUUACUUCAAAUUUUUCUACCUUUCCCUGCUUGUUGUUGAAGUUUAUUAAAUGAAGAUGCAUAUUUUCCCUAGUCCAUGGGGGAAAGGGACUAAGUCAAGUACUUUUAAGCUCAAGGUCAUAUGGUUAAAAAAAAGGCCAUACUUGAGACUGUUCUUUAUUUAUUUAUUUUUUUUUUUGACAAAAAUUAUCACUUUGGCACGUGGCCCUUAAAUUAAUACAAUAACUUUUUUUUAAGAUUACCAACAUGACCAACGUAACGUCAAGUUAUACAUGACAUUAUACAAACAGAUAAGUUGAAAGCAAAUAGGCUUGGCUCAUCUAAAAAGAAAGAUGGAAGAGGAGUGAAAAUGAUUAAAGAGAGGUGUGUGGAUGGUGGAUGAUUUGGCUGGAGAAAGGAGUAACAUUGUUAUGAAAUCACUGAUUUUGAGGUUACAGAUUUUAUUUUCAUUUUUUAUAUAUAUUUUUUUUUCUUUUUUAACAGGUUCUAUUUGAGCACCUCAGCGUUCCAGCAAUGUAUCUUGCCAAUCAACUGGUCCUCUCGCUGUAUGCAUCUGGUUUAACACAAGGCCUCUGUUUGUCUUCUGGAUCUUCUGUAACACAGGCUGCGGCGAUUUAUGAAGGACAUAUUUUAGCAUAUACUGUGCAAGAACUUGACAUUGGUGGAAAAUUGCUAACUGAUAAUCUGCAAAAGCUUCUGAGGGAGAAUAAAGGCCAUAUCUUCAAUUCGUCAUCUGGAUGGCAGAUUGUAAAUAACAUGAAAGAGAGCAUGGCAUAUGUUUCACAAGGUAAGUAAAAAGAAAGGUAAAGGCGCACACGAGCCAAAGCCCCAAACGGCCGGAGCUUAACCCGAUUUCCUUAGCACGAAGCAAGCCUAGGAGUAUUACUACUCCCCCCUGGUCAGGAUGCUAGUCCAUCACAGGGUUACCCCCUAGCAGUAUGUCGUUGGUACCCAUUUAUAUACCCUGGUAACCUGCGAGUAAGCUCUCCUAUUUGGGCGAGCGAAGCGAGCCGCGCAAGAACACGCAAAUGGAGAGCUUGCUGGCAGGCUAACACAGGGGUGAAGAGAGACAAAGUGGAGUAAAGUUCCUUGUCUAAGGAAACAACGCGACGGGCGAGGCUUGAACCCCGGACCUCCUAGUCCGGAGUUCGAGGUGUUGACCGCUCGGCCACACACGCCUCCAGCAGAAGAUAGAGAGCAGAAACACAUCGUAGAAUUUCGUUUAAUGACUCAAAAGUUAGAACCACCGCACAAUUAAGGGCUUACAAAACUCCACAAUUCACUUCGGAAGCAAAAAAGUCUAAUCCUUAUUUCUCUGUUACAGAUUAUUCUUCCGAGAUGAAACAGUUUAAAACCAGUGACGCGCUAACUCAGUUUUACAGCCUCCCAGAUGGUCAGACAGUGGACAUCAGCAGCGAAAUGAUCACCACUCCGGAACCUUUAUUCAAUCCAGAGACUCUCCUUGGUGCAGACGACACUAUCGCUUCUCAGCUUCCCAUCCACAAGUUGGUGAACAACGCGUUUGGAAGGUAUACACCGUUUAUACUUAUUUUGUUUUUAAUGAGCCUUGUAUCUCAUCUUUUAUUUCAUCUUUACCUUUCCCGGGUAUCUUACCAACCAGUUUAAUGACCAACUACCAGUAUGCUUUCUAGCUCAAUUUGUUAGAGCGCUGCACAGGUAUCGCAGAUGUCAGGGUUCGAAUCUUUUUCAGGCUCUCUUUUCGCAAGAUCAGAAUUUGAAUUCUCAUUUGUUGCCCCUAUUCAUUUCCUACAGAAGUAGUGGGGAGGAGUUGAUAAAAUAACAAGAAAAUUCAUCUUGAGUGAUCAUGUCCAUAAUUCUCAUGACUACUCUGUUUUACAAAGCAUUGAUAUUACAAGGAGAAAUUUGACGCUGAUCACUCUUAGGGCUUAAAGGGUUAACUUUGAUGAUCUACUUUGCAUGUAUUCCUUUUAUUUCUAAUACGCCAAAUUUUUUUGACAAUGACAUAAAGCUUAGUUAAUGCCCCACAAAAAAAAUAAAACAGGAAAACAAACAAAUGGGUAAAGAGGUCCCUUGCCAAGACGAUAUAUCGUACCAAAUCGCGCACAACGAAAUUGCUGCGUGUAUCCACCUCCAAAUGUACUCUGUACCUGUACUUUAGUUCCGCUUCGUAGCGAGCGAUGAAACGUGCAGCUUUCCACAUCUCGCUUACACGACAUUUUCAUUCGUGAGCUUAAGCCGCGAGCACGUUGACGUAUAGUAAUCGGAACUCCUGUUGGAUGACGUUAUCGAGUUAAACCACUGAAAGAUAGGAGAGAUCAACUUCCGGUGGUUAUAUUUGACGUACGGGACGUGGAAGUUCUCGUUUUUAGUGAGAUUACGCAAGAGGACGGCAAAAUGUUCGUGUGUGACAGACGUGAUAGGGCUAUCACUUGCGUGUUUUGUCGUGAUCUUCACUUAACAUUAACGUUUUCUAGUCUUUUACAAAAAGAUCUCUAUAAAGGAAAGUGAAAUUAUUUCAAACAAAAUUAUUGUCACGCUUGUCACUCAAGGUUUGCCGUCUUCUUGCCUCUCCCAUCCUGUUCCGUAAGUUCACUAUCAGCAAAGCAAUAACUCUGCACUUGUGUUUUAAAUUUUACUCAAAUCAUUAGUUCAGAAUUCCUGAACUUGCCUUACAAUACCCGCAACUGAAACUGCCGCUUAUGACUCCCCCCCCCCCCCCCCCCCCCCCCCCCCCUUUGGAAUGGGGGGGGGGGGGGUCUGUUUAAAAACCCCCUUUCAACCCCCCCCCCCUUCUUUUUCCUAAUAUUUUUUGGCAACCCCCGCCCCAGCGCCAAAAAAAAAUUUUUUAAAACAAAAAAAAAUAACCCCUGUGGUGCCUUGUUUUAUGCACAAACCCCCCCUUUUUCUUAAAAUUACCAAUCCGAAAACAAAAACCCUCCCCAUUUGUUUUUUAAUUUUUCCAAAAAAUUUGUCUCAAAAUUCCCAACUUUCCCUACCAAAACCCCCCACCCAAACCCCCCCUUUAUCCCCCCCCCCCCCCCCCCCCACCUUCCCCUCCCCUUUGGAAUAGGGGAGGGGAUGGUCUCGUUAAAACAUCCCAUUCAACACUGCCCAACUUUCUUAUCCAUGAAUUUGUUGAGCACACUGCGCAGCAUGGCACAAUCAAGUUUUUGUAACUCAGAAAAGUACUACACGUAUGGUCCUGUCUUUGAAUGCAUAACCCCCGCUGAACACAUCGGUUGAUUUGUCUUUCGUGUUUCACAGAUGUGCUCCCGAUUUACGAGACAUCAUCCAUCGCAAUGUCGUUCUAUCUGGUGGAACGACCCUCACGAAGGGACUGGUUCCAAGGCUGGAACACGAGCUCAGCAAAAUCAAUCCAAAGAUACGCUCACUUAGUGCGCCUGAAAACAGAAUGUAUUCACCAUGGAUCGGGGGCUCAAUUCUGGGCUCCUUGUCAACGAUGGAUAACAUGUACGCUACGAUUGAUGAAUAUGCAGACUACGGGGGGAGAAUUAUAAAUCAGAAAUGUUUUUAAGGUGGACGAUUGUUGUUUAAUGAAUAAUUUUUUAACGAAAAAUCUAGGAGUAUGUGCACGUUCUCAUCGUAUGCACCUAAUUCCAGAAUGUUGUCAAAAUUCAACCUCGUUUCCAGGGUUCUAUACUACCCGUCUCUCGCGCGCCAUAGGAACGAGCAGGAGAGAACCCUGGGAACGAGGCUUGGCCAAAUUCAAUUUUCUUUUAAUUAGUCGUCUUUGCCUCGGUUGCAAAACCUUCUGCAGAAUUCAAAAGAACCUUUGCGUUGAAACGAGACGUCGAAGAAAAAAUAUAGCUAGAUUUACCACUAUUUUGGAUAAUGGUGUUUACGUUGGCGUGCACCUAAACGAUUAAGGGUCAUUAAGGAAGUCUGGGUUGCCGCGGUCAGGGAAUAGUUAAGGAAAUGCGUUUAAGUUGGGGAAAAUCUUAGUUACCGGCAAAUCAAGUGAAAAGGGGAGGGGUAGGUGGGUAGUUUCCCAGAAACGUAUAACACUAACAUGUCGUGAAAAACAGAGAGAUUGAAAAUAAAAGGGAAUAUUUAUGGCCUGGAAAAGAACUGAGAAAGGUCAAGUUUCUAAGUAAAUCCUGUACAGGUCAAGGAUUUGUUUUCAUUCCAGGGUGUGGCAAACCCGCCUAUACAAAUAUAAAUACAUUAAUAUAAGAAUUACUUGAAAAUAUCGCAUUACAAUUACGUAUUAAUCCCAGACAAAAGAUGGGAAAUGAAACACAUUUUAAACUAUGACUUCAGCUGUUAUUUUAGUUUAGUAGCUUCAGGCUCGUGGAAUUUUCCUGAAGUUAAUAUAUCGGUCAAAUCGAAGCUUCAGCAUCACCCUGGACAACCCCCUGGAGCUUUAUAAUUUUUGGAAAACUAGUGUUGAAAUUCCCCCCUCCCCGGGCCAAAAAGCCGUUCAAAUACGCCAUUACCAACUUCUUCCCCAGGGCUUUUCCCUUGGCCCCGCCCAUUUUUAAAGGGAAAAGCCCUGGGGACGAGGUUGGCCAUUACGGGUCCAUUUUAGGAGACGCUGGGGAUUCUAACUCAGUGCCGGAUCCAGACCUUGAGUUAAGGGGGGGCGGUCAUCCAGACCCUUAGAUAAAGGGGGGGGCCGGUCUUCCAAAAAAUUUUUUUCAGCCUUUCGGGCCUCGUUUGGUCUAACAAGGGGGGACCCGGGCCCCUCCCCUGGAUCCGCCACUGUUUUCCCACCCUUAUGCAUAGGAAUCAAAUUCCCCACCUCCCAGAAGACUAUGAUUGUCAAAUUCCCUUCACUGGGGAAGUCAAAGGUGUCAAUUCCCUGGCGUAAACCGGGAGAUCGUGGUGCUGAAGCUUCCGCAGUUUGACCGAUACUCCAGUAAGUCGAGAGAAAAGAUGCAAUUUCUAGAUUUCCUGAUUGGUUCCUAUGGUUGAAGUUAUUGACAUCCGCGGUGAAUUACGUCUGGUGAACACGAGCUUUCGCCUACAACCGACACCCAUAUUAUGUUGUAUUGUCAUAUGGAACCCCUGCGUUAUAUGAAACAGAAACAUUGCAGUGAGUUUUAGCCAUAUUCUAGCAUAUCACCCACCUAUUUGGAGGAGGGAGGCUGCCACCGUGAACUCCCUGACCCACCCCGGCCGGAGCACGUAGACUUGUUCCCACCCGUUCCAUUUGUUCGGAGAAGAAAUCUUUGAAAACGAAUUGCGUCAAGGGAAAGCCGAAGGACCUUCCCAGCUCCCCUUGCAAUCAUCAUCUUGACACAACUGGCCCUUGUUUUUCAAAAUGAGUGUCAAUUCGAAGUCUUGGUUAGGAAGACAUUGCCUUUUCUCGUGCAAGUAAAACUGAUUUUCACAUGGAAGGUAUCACUCGAACUUGUUUUGCAAAUGAAGUUGAGAAUGACCCAUUUCUAUCCAGCCUUUUGUCGUUUUUUUUUUUUUUUUAACUGGGAACGACUCUGUCUUGGAUGUGCUCGGAAACAUGACGUGCUUAUUUUUUGGAGGGUCCAUGUGGCAGCUCCCAUUAGCAUUUUUAUAAGUAGUAUAAUGCUUGUUUGUACAAUGAAUACAAGUAUUUUUAGUAUUUUUUUUUAAAUAACUUGUUUCUUUCUCGUCGUCAAACAACGAGAU